CUAAAAAAAAAGCAAUUCAGAAUUCUGAAAAUCAGCCAGUAUCUAGUGAGAAAGAUCAAGACUUGGAUAGUAUAAAACUUUCUGAUAGUCAUAUUUAUUAUCCUGAUGAUGUUAAAGAUCCAGUAAUAUGUAGGGGUAAAGAAUAUUUGAAAAAUAUUGAUGGUGAAGAUAGCGAAACUAGUGUAUAUAAACAUAAAU